GUUGGCAUGGCGACGCCGAGCCUAGAGUAACUAAAACUACGGCGCGAAGUAAUAUCUCAAAUGCGCGAUAAAAACACCUAAAGUUUAUCCCUUGCAGCUCGGGAAUUUACAAAUGGCUUUGGCUACAGGAAGACUGACUGCUCCCCAAGGUCGCCUGCCGGCUUUGCCGGUUAUUGAGCAUCCAGGGUCGCGAAUGUCGGAUAGAGGAGAUUUGUCUGUCCUUGGAAGCUCUAGAGCGUCGUCAAACGGGUAUAAUGAAGGCCCUUUGCCUCCGCUAAGGACAGAGAGAAAACAGAGAAACCGAGAUAAAGGCAAGAACCAUUCUCGAGGACAGACGUGGCCCGUCGGUCAAGAGAAGAACCUGGGUCGAACAGAUGGUGGGAGCUCUACCCAGUCCCUGACUCGCCGCACGGUUGAAGAGCUGGAAGAAUUAAUCAAGGAUAAGUUAACUACGGGAUUUUUUGGUGUACGUCAAGCUUUCCGAGCGAACGACCCACGUGGCCGCGGAAGUGUCUCACGGGAAGCCUUUACGACGAUUUUGUAUCACCUUUGUGGUUAUGUCAGUCCGUCUUUAGUCAGCAGUCUUCUACAAAGGAUUGGCGUAGAGUCGCCGUCUUCUAUAUCAUUUGACGAUUUCAUCUCCCAUUUCAGAGACAACGAGGUUGUACAAAAAGAAUGGCUAGACCCAGUCCUUCGUCCCGUAAGACAGGGUGCUCACCUUCCGGCUAAUCAACUAAGAGACAACCAACGAGAACGCUCCAAUGUUGAGCAGCACGAGAAAAGAAAACAAGGCCUCAGAAAGACUCCCCCUGUAUUUUACACCGCGCUGCAAGUAUUCCCAUUACUGAAGAGGAAGGCCCAGGGGGGGUUAGGCGCGUUCGCGAGGUUCCUUCCUGACUCGUGUUUUGAUGUUGACGGAAUAGUACUGAAGCCCCAACUUAGACAGGCUCUUUUUCUCAUGGAUAUUCACAUGUAUGACGACGAAUUCGACAAAGUUUGGGACAGGAUUGAUCGGAGUGGACUGGGGACUGUGGACAGCCGGACGUUUUUCCUUACUCUAGGACUAGGAGGAAACGAGGGAAAAGAAAAACAACACCAAAAAUCACCAAUCAAAGAACAAGUCUUAGAGGACAAACCAGAUUCUGUACAACCGGCCCCCUGUGCAAAACAAGAUUCUCCUAAAACAGUCAUGCCGGUAACCGUUGACGAAUGUCAAGAGGAGAAAGAAGAUAUCAUGGCUGUCCUUUCAAACAAGUUCAAAGAAGGUUACAAUGGUAUAGUAGAGAUGUUCUCGAGGUACGACCCGGAGAACACCGGAAAGGUCAGCAAACAUGAGUUUCGUCAAGUGCUCGCGAGCUAUCGCUUGACCUUGGGUCCCAUUGAAGUGGAACACUUUUUGUCGAGGUUUGGCUGCCGCCAUGACGAGAUGGUCCCUUAUCGCAAGAUCCUCGACAUGUGUCAGGAUCGAACUGAUAAAGGCUUACUGCAAAAGAUUAUGGAAGACCCAAAACACAGGUUCAACAAAAGCCGAGACUCUCAGAUCGGUACUACUACAGCCGUGGACGCGGAGGCGAGGCUACUUGACCUACUCCACUCGGACUUUCUCUCCUUGCUCGGAGCAUUCAAAUCUCUUGACCGGGAGAACAUGGGUGUUGUGAAAAAAUACCAGUUUAAGGAGUUGCUCGAAGCGAGGUUCGGCAUACGACUCAACAAAGAGCAGCUUGCCGCGAUACGCCUGCGGAUAGGGGAUGAUCCAGCCAGCGGUUUAGUGCCGUACCCGCGCUUUCUGGAGGAAUUCAAUCAUAUCAGGAGAUUCUCGCCAGACAGAGCCGUGGAGGCGCGGGCAGCAACGGCGAACUCACAGAGACCCUCAACCUGCCCUAGCCACCCUCCCUCAGUGCGAGGUGGUCUCUCCCCUAGGGGGGUGGAGAGGAGUGCAACUCAACUAGACGUCAAGAAAGAACCGGAGUCGCGUGACGCUGAUCAGCUUAUGGCUCAAUUGGGUACUCUACUGACAGAGAAAUUCGACUUUAUUAACAAGACGUUUAUUGGUAUUGACAAGGCCUCAAGGAAUUGUGGGAAUCUGACACGGGAAACGUUUAGGAAACUAUUCGAAAGGCAUGAGUUCAAAUUGAGUGGAAGCGAGGUUGAUUCACUUUGGAAGAAGCUCCCGAUUGAGCGAGACGGCACGCUCAACUUCAUCGAGCUUGUCAAAACGUGUUUUUCGGCAGCGGGCAGAACUCCACCUGCGCAGACCCAAGUUAAAGAUGGUCAGCUGUCGCAUGUACUUCAGAAGUAUGCGCGUGCGCAAGUAAGAAAGACUCUUGAACGAUUUGUAGAAAUUGAUGAAGAUGAGGAAGAAAUGCCUGGUGAAGCCAGUGACGAUGUACAAUCGAUUGCAAACGAUGAUUGUACGAUGCCUUCGGAACAACCGCGAGAGCGAUCCGAGAAACCGAAGUUGGAGUCGACAAUGAAUAUAAUCAAAUUAGAGGUUCGCACUCGUUGGAACCAAAUCCGUGAAGACCUAAGGAAGACUGACCGUGAAGGCAUGGGAAGCGUAGACUCUAACCAGUUCAAGAGCAUCUUAAGAAAGAAUUGCAAGGGUUUAUCAGAUGCAGAGUGCGAAAAUCUUGCCGUGCGAUUUACAAAAUACAAGGACAACAGUGUUAGCUAUUUGGAGUUUAUGAAGUUCUUCCUUCCAACGAUGCCCGAGGGCUCAAACCCGAUAGCGUCACCUCGACGAUCAAACCAGGAGCCAACCGAGAGACUGGUUGAGAGACGAACACCAUCACAAGUAGCCAUAGCCGUUGUCAUGGAUAAGAUCAGAAAUAAGAUGAUUUGCGAUUGGAAAAGCCUCCGUCGCGCUAUGAAGAAGACGGAUAUGACCGGAGAUGGGAUGGUAUCCGCCGCUGAUUUCCGCGCGACCAUGAAGAGCUUCGAGUUCCCACUUGACGAGGAAGACUUCUACCAAAUCUACUCGGCGUUCGACCUCCAUAUGGACGGCAGGAUCUCUUACGUGGAGUUCAUGAAACAGGCCUUGAAAUAACCCCACAGCCGUUCUCGAUUGUCUUAUGGUUUCGGGCUCCCUGUGUACGGCCAUGUGACAUCCAGUUCUUUCACAAUUCCCUUGCGGUCGAACCGAUGAAACCGCAGGAAAUCCAAAUAAGGCAAGCCAGGCCAUCGGUUAUCUGGAGGGAGGGGUAGGGAGUUUCUUUGUCAUAUAAAUAACAUUUUGAACGAUGACAUGCAAGUAAUAUGUAAAUAGUUAGUGUAUCCAAACAGAUUUAGUUUAUAACCGUAUCGUUUGUAAAGUAAUUUAUAAUGGCAUAUUAAACUUGGACUUUAAAUAA